AUGAGUAGUGGAAAAAGACAACAAAAAAAGCGACAACGUCAAUCAUCACCACCUCCACCAUCUUCAUUUAAAGCUCAUUUAGCUCAACGAUUACAACGAAUACGUAGUGGACAACGAGAUUUAUGGGCAGAUGAUGAUGAUAAUAAUAAUAAUAAUACUCAUCAUCGUCAUAAACAAUCAAAAACAACAAAUAAUAAAAAAACAUAUAUUGUUUUAUCGGAUUCUGAUGAUGAACGAUUAUCAUUACCAUUACAACGACGAUUACGAAGUAGUAAAUCAGGAAAAAAAUUAUCACGAAAUCAUGAUGAAAAUGUUAAUAAGAAUACUACAUGUUUAAUAUGUUCAAUAUUAUCUCAAUUAUCAUCAUAUAAUUGUUGUUCAGAACAUUUAUCUAUUCUUAAAAAUCAUUCCGAUCAUCAUCAACAACAACAAACAACAAAUUCUCAAUGGUUACCAGACAAAGUUAUGAUUGUACCUGUAACAGAUGAAAUUGUUCAACGUUAUCUUGAUCCACAACAAAUACAUAAUUUACGAACACAAACAUCAAUAACAAAUAAGAAAAAUUCAACAUCAACUUCAAAAUCUCUGAAUAAAUCAACAAUGACAUUAGAUCUUUCUCCUAUAGAACAAUCAGGAAGAAACAUUCCAAAAUCAUCAAUACAAUCUACUCAAAUGGAUAUUGAACCACUUGCUUCAACUAUUGUGAUAGAAUCAGUAUGUUCAAAGUUAACAACAAUUCAACCUAAUUUAAUAACUACAACUGUUACAACAACGAAUAAUAUUGAAAAUUCAACUAAUAUUGAUAAUGAACUAUUAGAAAAAUCACCUAUUGAAAUGAUUAUUAUUGAUGAUACUCCAACAGAUAAUCAAGAAGAACAUACAACAAAAAUAAAAUCUACGAAUAAUAAUAAACAAAUGAAUCCAUGGUCUCCAAUUAGUGAUGAAGUUGAUGCUGCUCUUGAACAUGUUCUUAAUCAAAUUUCUUCAUCUAAUGAUAUUCCACUUGAAUUUACACCAACAACAGCUCGACGAACAGAUACAGAAAUAAUGGCUGCUCUUUUACCAAAAAUACCAUUAAAACAAGGACGAUUUCGUUCCGGUAAACCAAUCAUAAAUCGUUCAAUAUCGAAUGCAGCUAAUGAAUAUCGACCAUUAUUAAAUGCUCAAUCAUCUCCGUUACCAUCAUCCGUUAUUAAUAAAGAUCAACCACUACCUAUGACAACUAAUAUUGAGAAAAAACCAUCAUCAUCAAUAUCAUGUCAAACUUCAAAUGAUUCCGAAAAUUUAAAUGAUAAUCGUAAUAAUAUUCCUACUAGUUGUAUAUUAACACAAGAUGAAAUAAAUCAAAAUGAUAAUAUGUCAAUAACGACAACAACAAUCAUACAAACUAAUGAAGAUCUUCAUACAAUAUCGAUUAUUAAUGAAAAUCCUAAUACAGAAUUUGAACAAGAUCGAACAAAUGGAGAACAAAAUGUUAGUUCAUCAACUACUAAUGAAAGAACACCAGCAAGAAUAACCUAUCGUAUGAAUCCUGAUGGAACACGAGUUAGUAUAUCACGACCACCAUUACCAACAAAUCGUCAAUCAUCAUGUUUUAGUUCUUUACGUCGAAACUCAACAGAUGUAACUCCUAUUCAAACAAAUACAAAACAAAUAUAA